CCAACGCAAAUAGCCGGUGGCUCCUCCGCCUGCUCCAAUUUCCCGGCGUCAGCCCCGCCACCGCUCAGCUGUCGUCCCCCCAGCGCUGUCACUCCGCUGGCCCCGGGACCGGCGCGGCCGCCGCCCGCCACCGAGGCCCGGGGGCUCUGCGGCCAACGCGGCUCCGCCACCGCCGCCCUUCGGGGACUUGUUCAGCGCGGGGCGAGAGCGCCAAGCUCAGGCAUGACGGAGAAGGAAGUGCCAGAGCCGCCGGCUUCACCUGCUUCAGGUGGGAAACCCAAGAGCCGGCGAAAGGCCAAGGAGGAGCCGGCCCCGGAGCCGCAGCCCAACGGGGAGCUGGUCAGCCCCUCGGGGGGACCCAUCUUCUACAUCUAUGAGGAUGAGGAAGAGGAGGAAGAGGAGGAGGAGCCCGAGCCCCCUCCCGAACCCGAGAAACUUGUUAAUGACAAACCCCACAAGUUCAAAGACCAUUACUUCAAAAAGCCCAAAUUCUGCGAUGUUUGUGCCCGCAUGAUCGUCCUCAACAACAAAUUUGGCCUGAGGUGCAAGAACUGCAAAACCAACAUCCACCACCACUGCCAGUCCUACGUGGAGAUGCAGCGCUGCUUCGGCAAGAUCCCGCCCGGGUUCCGGCGGGCGUACAGCUCCCCCCUGUACAGCGACCAGCAGCUCGGUGGCACCAAGGAGCAGCUGGCCAACAGGAGCGACCCCGUGUUCGAGACGCUGCGGACGGGCGUCAUCAUGGCCAACAAGGAGCGCAAGAAGGGGCAGGAGGACAAGAAGAACCCCUUGGCUGCGAUGAUGGACGAGGAGCCGGAGGCCACGAAGCCGGUGGGGAGCAAAGCUGAGGGUGGUGCCUCCGAAGGGGACAAGAAGGCCGAGAAGAGCACGACAGAUGACAAGAGCAAGAAGCCACAGCCAGGGGGGUUCCUGCAGUCCCACUAUUUCGUGGCACUGUAUCGCUUCAAAGCCCUGGAGAAGGACGACCUGGACUUCCCGCCGGGGGAGAAGAUCACGGUGGUGGAUGACUCCAACGAGGAGUGGUGGCGGGGGAAGAUCGGUGAGAAAAUCGGGUAUUUCCCCCCCAACUUCAUCAUCCGGGUGCGAGCAGGCGAGCGGGUGCACAAAGUGACGCGUUCCUUCGUGGGCAACCGGGAGAUCGGGCAGAUCACGCUCAAGAAGGAUCAGAUCGUGGUGCAGAAGGGGGAGGAGGUGAACGGUUACGUCAAAGUCUUCACCGGCCGCAAAGUGGGGCUGUUCCCUGUGGACUUCCUGGAGGAGAUCUGAGGGGGGCUGCGGGGUGGGGACCCCCGGGAUGGGGG